AUGGUCUUCCUGUUCAGCGACUUUCUAAAUGAUUAUGAUGCAGAUAGUGGUUUUGGUGAUGUGUCCACAUCGGACUUAGCGGAUGGUUAUCAUGACUGGGUACCUCCUGUUAACAGAAAACGACGUCCUGCAGGCGACGGAACUUUCUGUAGUCCACCUUCAAUGCCCGUUCCGCAACGGGAUCCUGCCCUGCUUCCAUCUCCUGCAUUUUCCUUCCUAACGGAAUCCCAACUAUCUGUAUCCUCUGCAUCUGGGUUUCUUUCUUCCUUCGUGGAUAGUACUAAUGAUUUAAUUCCUCCCGUUAAUAGAAGGAGGCACCCUGCGGGCAGUGGGGAAUUUUGUUGUCCUCCUUCCGUUUCCAUUCCUAAAUGGGAUCCUACUCUGCGACCGACUGCGUUUUCCUUCCAGCCGGAUACUUCACAAUCUCAAUCUGAAUUCCAUACUUCCUCAUUGCCAAAUCAAACAAUUGCCUCUUCCCAUGAUCAAGAUUCCUCUCUACCUCAAUCCUUUUCCUAUUUCGAGCCUGUAGGUGCUUAUAUUCUACGGCGUUUCCUUGACGACAGCAGGGAUAACCGGGAUAGCAACGAAGGAAGUGAAGCCCACUAA